AUGAGAGCCCCUUUCGCCUAUCCCUACAAAAUAGCGAAGUUUCUAGCUCGCUCUGCAACCCCCAACACCCCAUCACACCCACGCUCACCCAGGCGAGCAUCUCUUCUGUGUACCCUUCCUCCAACGCACAGAAGCUCAAAACGCGACCGUUACAAGAGGCGAUUCCUUCUUUUCAGCCUCAUCGCAGCCUCCCCAAAUCCUCCCCUUCGGCUUCCUUGGCCCGGUUCCGGUAGCAAAAGCCCAGGCGCCACACUAGGUGGCCCUCUGUGUGGAGACAACAGCAAACUCAGCAACGGACAAAGACAAGGAUGGCGAGCUAAGGCUCUGCGCCUGCGCACUUCUCGGAAACGUAACCUAAGCCGGAAAAGCCCUGACGUUGAUACACGGAAGAGCACCGGAAGCCAGGACCGCCGCACUUCUUACUGGACCGCCCGGGAGACUGCUGGGAGCGCUCGCUCAGGCAGCAGUGCGCAGGCGCAGACGGCUAGCGCUUGGCGCGCGCUGAGGCUGGACUUUUCCCAGAGCUCAAAAGAGAACAUUUUAUCUUUUGCAAAUCUCAAAGCCAUGCCUCAGGGAUCAGUGUCAUUCAAGGAUGUGACCGUGAAUUUCACCCAGGAGGAGUGGCAGCAACUAGACCCUGCUCAGAAGGCCCUCUACAAGGAUGUGAUGUUGGAAAACUAUUGUCACCUCAUCUCUGUGGGGUCUCACAUGACUAAACCUGACAUGAUCCGAAAGUUGGAACAAGGAGAAGAGCUUUGGACAACAGAAAGAGUUUAUCCAAGUCAGACCUACCUAGAAGAAGAUGGGAAAACUGGAGAUGUUUUAGUGAAGUUCAGAGAAUACCAAGACAAGCAUUCCAGAUCAGGUAUAUUCAUCAAUCACAGAAAACUAAUUAAAGAAAGAAGUAAUGUUUAUGGGAAAACAUUUACACUAGGAAUGUUACUUACACAUACUAGAGUUCACAGAAGUGGAAGACCAUUUGAAUAUGAUAAAGAUGGACUAUCGUUCAUCCAGAAGUCAAAUAUUGAUGUUCAUCCACAGACAAUUCACACAGGUGAGAAACCUUAUGUUUGUAGUCAAUGUGGAAAGGCCUUCCGUCAGAAGACAGCUCUAACACUUCAUGAGAAAACACACAUAGAAGGAAAACCCUAUAUUUGUAUUGAUUGUGGGAAAUCCUUCCGCCAGAAGGCAACCCUCACGAGACAUCACAAAACACAUACGGGGGAGAAAGCCUAUGAAUGUAGUCAAUGUGGGAGUGCCUUUAGAAAGAAAUCAUACCUUAUUGAUCAUCAGAGAACUCAUACAGGAGAGAAACCAUACCAAUGUAAUGAAUGUGGGAAGGCAUUUAUUCAGAAGACAACUCUCACUGUACAUCAGAGAACUCACACAGGAGAGAAACCCUAUAUUUGUAGUGAAUGUGGAAAAUCCUUUUGCCAAAAGACAACGCUCACUCUCCAUCAGAGAAUUCAUACAGGAGAAAAACCCUACGUUUGUAGUGAAUGUGGGAAGUCUUUUCGCCAGAAGGCAAUACUCACUGUUCAUCAACGAAUACAUACAGGAGAGAAAUCCAAUGGAUGUUCUCAAUGUGGGAAAGCCUUUAGUAGGAAGUCUAACCUCAUUCGCCAUCAGAAAACUCACACAGGAGAGAAACCAUAUGAAUGUAAAGAAUGUGGGAAAUUCUUCAGUUGUAAGUCAAACCUCAUUGUUCAUCAGAAAACUCAUAAGGAGAAACUGGAAAUAAAGUAA